AGACGUUUUCUCACGUGAUUUCCUAACAUCCAAUUAUUGACAAAUCAGCGCUUCCUGGUUACUGUAAAUUCAGCUAACAGUUAGCUAGUUAAUUCUGCUGUCGUCGAUGCUCGUCCUGCUCUUAGCGGGGCUCCGACUCGGUGCCACUGUCACCGAUACCACAUUUCAGACGGGCGUUUAAAUCAGACCUUCACCGUUAAUCUUCUACGAUGUCUUUUCGGGAGAAACCAUCCCCCGGCAGGCUGCUGCUGGACGACACCGUGCCCCUGACGGCAGUUAUCGAAGCCAGCCAGAACCUUCAGUCCCACACGGAGUACAUCAUCCGAGUCCAGAGGGGUGUUUCUUCAGAUGACAGCUGGCAGGUGAUUCGUCGCUACAGUGACUUUGAUAUUCUCAACAGCAGUUUGAUGGUGUGUGGUGUCAGCUUACUUCUCCCUCCAAAGAAGCUCAUUGGAAACAUGGACAGAGAAUUCAUAGCAGAGAGACAGAGAGGGUUGCAGACCUAUCUGGACUCCAUUACCCAGCAUCCCUUGCUCUCCACUUCUCUGACUGUCAAGAAAUUCCUGGACCCCAACAACUACUCUGCCAAUUACACAGAGAUCGCUCUGCAGCAGGUCUCCAUGUUCUUCAGGUCAGACCCAAAGUGGGAAGUUCUCGAGCCUCUAAGAGACAUGGGUUGGAGGAUCAGGAAGAAAUAUUUUCUAAUCAAAAACAAAGAACAGCCCAAAGAGAGGCAUCUAUUGAGCUGGGUGGAUCUUGGUCCUGAUAAGUUCCUGUCAGACAAAGAUCUCCAGACGGCCAUGAAACUGCUAACCAGCCUCUCUACUCCAUAUCUCUGUCCGUUGUUGUUCUCCAGCACCAGCGAGUCUUCAGCUCUGCUCAUCCGACCGUUCAGUGAGAAAGGCUCUCUGAGAGACCACAUCUGUAAGGUGAAGCCCAGAGAGGGUUACUUGAAGAAAUACUGUAACCCGAAGAAGAGUCAGGGUCUAGAGCUGGCGCAGAUCAAACUGUACGGCCGUCAGAUCCUGGAGGGACUCAAGCUCCUCCAUGACAGCGGCAUAUUUUUUGGUCACCUACAUACAUCUAAUGUCAUUAUGGACGAUGGUGUGUGUCGACUGGUGGAUGUGGAGAACGGCAUGCUGGGAGUUCCCUCUGUGCUGCGAUCAGCUUUUACCCGACUCAGGAAGAUCAACACCACAGAGAGCAUUGACGUGUUCUGCUUCGGACAUUUACUGUACGAGAUAACAUACGGCCGGCCACCAGACAGCGUCCCCAUCGAUCAGUACCCCACCGUCCCUUACACAGCUGUGGUGUCAGUGCUGCAGUCCAUUCUCUCCACAGAAGCCUGCAAGAGUGGCAUGCCAACAGUGUCGGCGCUCAUCCAGACCCCGCUCUUCAACGACGUCCAGCUCAAACACUCAGAAAAACUUCAGAUCAAGGUUCCCAGCAGGUUGAAGGAGGCACUGAGGAUAGCGAAGGAGAGUCUGGAGAAGAGGCUGCAUGAGGAGCAAAGACUGCUCCACCAGCACCGAAGACUGACCCGAGCUCAGUCUCACUACGGCUCAGAGGAGGAGAGGAAGAGGAGGAAGAUUCUAGCGAGGAAGAAGUCCAGACAGUCAACUUAUGAAAAUGAAGAAGACGUCUCUGUCAGAAACAACAAUAAUUCUGGAUCUGGAGCCAGUUCACCUCCCACGUGCCCCUCUUCCCCCACCCCUCCAUCUACUACAGGAUCGCACACAACUCCUCCUCCUCCUCCUACCCCUCCUCCGCCUCCUUUGCUGGACUCGUCCUCCCGUCCACCUCCUCUACCUCCGUCCUCUGACGGAGCAGGAGGAGGCCGCUCCGCCUUGCUGAGCUCCAUCCAAGCCUUCAGUAAAGGCAAACUGAAAAAAGCCGAAACUGUCGACCGCAGCAAACCCAUCAUCUGACCCCCCCGUCCACUGACGCGACCCGUCCAUGACACAGAAACUGUCACUACGGUAACAUGACAGAACUGCCGUCUCUGCACUGUGGUCCUUACCUCCCCCCAAGAUGUGAAAGCCAAUUACUCACAAACAAUCCAAGUAAUUUUUUUCCUUUCCUUUUUUAAGUAUUUUAAUCCAUUGCUGUGGUUGGAGAGAUGAGAUGGUGGGUAGGAAAGUGGUUGUUUCAGUCUGCCUUUUAUUUUUUUUAACUCUGGGCAACUCUCUAGGCUUUCCUUGUGUGAUUGCCUCGUCUCAGAGAAACUGCUGCCAGUCUCCAGAUAAAAGACUUGUACUGCAUCUGGAGAGCUUUUCCUCUGGUCCAUCUGCUGCUCUGUGGCAGCCAGCCGGCUUCAUUUCUGUCCUUCGAGCGGUAAAAGAUGCAGUUGAACACUAGGGACAAGAAAUUGUUUGUCUGCUGUGGAUCCUUGAAUUCUGUUGAAUGAUGAAGUUGGUUUUCCUGGGUCCAGGACUGGAAAGUCAGAGCUUUGACGGUGUCAAUGCGAUGAAACUGGUCUUGGUCCCAGAACAGCAGGAAUACCAGCCUGAACUCCAUCAAAUCAUCUCUGACCUUUUGACAUGUAGCAUGCAUGCCCUGGUGAGGUUUUCACAAAAGCUGCAGUUUUAAAAAAAAAUCCACCUCAGUGAGUUAUUUCUGCCUGUAAUUAAAUUCCAAAUAUUCUGUACUUUCAAUCAUCAUAAAAAAAAAGUUUCUGGCACUGAAACAAGAAACCUGCAGCAGGUUGUUGCACUAGAAGCAAAAGAAUAAAAAUUGCUUCUAGGACUUCAACGUUGAUUUGCAUUGCAUCCUAUGGAACUGCCGAUAAUUUUGACUUGUUUUAAGAAAAUAAGAUCCAAACUACAAACAUUUGACUCUACAAGAGUCAGUUGUUUCAGCAUGUGUGUCUAAAUGCAGCAUUAACCUCAGUCAAGGUGGGAUCCCACCAGUUGCUCGGUCCUUUCCUCUACUGCAUUCAUCUUAGUUAAGAACAUGAAGAAAGAUCAGAAUUCUUCAGAAUAAUUUUUUUCUGUUUCUUUUCCAAAAAGGGUCUGAGUGAACAGUGUGCAAGAGGUAAAAUCAUGAGCAGCGCAUAAUUCUACAAAGCAGCUAAACAGAAAGCUACAAACAACAAAAAACCAUCGACCAGUUUGUUUAGACAUAGAAAACUAUAAUCUAAAACAAAGAAAACAAUAUAUUCAUAUAAUGUAAAAUACGACAAAGUGCAAUUUAAAAAUACUUAAUAAAUAAAUUAUAACUCAUAAAGUGUGUGAUUGAACUAAACAGGAAACCUCUGUGAUCUUUUUGCAAGUGAACACAGCUGAGGUUUAACCAUGUCUUGUUUCAUCCUCUUGUUGCUAUGACACCCAACUGGAGAAUAAACUCCAUCAUCCUUAUAAAAUUCAUAUUUUGGAGGGAAACACUUGUUAUGAAGUUUUGCUUCAGCCUGGAUGAAGGGAUGCAAACAAUCUGUGUAAAUGUCCCCUUUCUGACUGGAGAGUAAAAUGUCAGGACUCAGGAGAUGCUAAACUUUAAUUAGUUUAGUUGAAAAACGCAGCUGCUCUCCGCUGGAUAUUAUGGCCUUUCUGUACACGAUAAAAAAAACAAAAACUAACUCUGUGUUCCACAUCAGACUAACUUCGCUUUGAUUGUGUUCUGGGUCUGAAAUUAACUUGAAGUGACACUUUCCUGCACCAGAUGCUGCAGAGGGGGGUUAAACUGAAUAUCAUCAAAUAGGACUUAUGACAAAGAUGACAGAGUCCUGGAGGGUUGGGAUGUUUCCGUGCUCUUUAAAAACAGAGAACAGAUCAGCUUUGUUGUGAUGCAAUAUCAUGAAAGAGUUGAUGUUCGUACCCUCAGCUGUCUCUGGUGUGGUGUUCCCCCUGCAGUCAGACAGAAGACCAGCUGACUGUUGGUCUGAUUGUGAUGCUGAUGUUCCAGCCCUGUACAUCCUCUUUAAUGCAUCAACAGCCAACUCUAGACCUCUUUGGCCAGUGUCCUGCAGGUUUUAGAUGUUUCCCUGCUGCAACACACCUGAUUGAAAUAAAAUGUUUCUACAACAGCUUGUGUCAAGUUAAGCACAAGCCUCUUAAUGACCUCUUAAUUUGAAUCAGGUGUGUUGCAGCAGAGAA